AUGGAAAGAUUCAAGAAGCUCCAACCAACCUAUUUCUCAAAGGUUGACACGAACCCACUGCAACCUGAGCGAUGGAUCAGUGCCAUGGAAAGAACCUUCGAAGUAUUGGAAUGCACGGAUGCUCAGAAGCUAAUCUGUGUCGAAUUUCAAUUGCAGGACAAGGCCGCAGCCUGGUGGAAGUCAGCAAGACCCAACCUGGAAGAGAUUCAUCCCAAUCCUACCUGGGAACAAUUUAAGGAAGCCUUUUUCGAAAACUUCUUUCCGAAAAGUUUCAGAGAUGAAAAAGAAGCAGGGUUUGAAGCUCUCACCCAAGGAUUGGGAUCAAUCCUAGACUAUCAGCAACAAUUUAAGGAUUUAUUCCAUUUUGCUUCAGCACAUAUGAGGGGCGAUGCAUGCAAAGCAAAGAAAUUUGAGAAGGGGCUUAAACCCGAGAUCAGUGCCAUGUUGGCCAUUCUAGAGAUCCAAUCAUAUGCCUAG